AUGGCCCUCAAGGCAUGGAAGAUGAGCAAUAACUAUUGCCCAACUUGCCAUCAGCGCUUGCGUCGUUGCGAUUCGCCUGCUCAACACGCCACCGAACCUGGAGUCGAGCACUUCUCUUUCCGCAACGACCGUAAGGGAGGUGAAAGCUCAGUCGCCAACCGGGAUGGGUCGCUCGAGGCCGACAGAUUGAUCGUGCCUGCUGGUGAUGAGGCAUAG